CCGGAAAAUCGGUCCUACACAGCCAACUGUUGUCAUGACAACCACCCGCUCUCCAGGGCACACAAGGUUUGCGGAGUUAAUCUGCCAUGCAAAGAAGCGUUGCGUACUAUUCUUGUCUCGAGGGAUCGUACACUUACCUGCUAAGCUCUUAUAACACGCACCACCCUGUAACAAGAUUCUCAUUAUGCCCGCUCUCGACCUGAAGGGCUGCCUUGAGGAUUCGCCCACUUUUCGUAAACGUGUCGUUGCCCACGAAGAAAAUAUCCAGAACUUUGAAUCGUCCCUCAAAUCCCUUUUAAAGCUUUCUCGUGCCCAAGUGAACCUUUCCAGCGAGUAUAGCUUGCGCCAACAAGAACUUGCACUUGGCUUUCUGACAUUUGGACAAUCUCAAGAUGACCCUAUUGUUGCACACGCGCUGGAAAAGUUUGGCAAGUCUAUGCUUGAGGUCGAAAAAUGCCGCCAUAUGUUUAAUUCGCACGUAGCCACUACAUUUAUUGAGCCGCUUGAAAAAUUCAUGAGGGACACACUUUCACCGGUCAAAGAUGUAAGGAAGCGAUUUGAAAAAUCAAGCGAUGAUGUGGAUUCGGCGUUGAGCAAGUAUAUGUCCAAAAAACCAAGAGACCCUAUGAUACCCGAGGCCGCAAACGAGCUGGCCGAUACACGAAAAGGAUUUCAUCAAGUUUACAUGGAUUAUGUACAAACACUGAACGAUGUCGAGGCCAGGAAGAAAGUCGACUACAUGGAGAAUGUACUCGCUUACAUGUAUACCGAGUCAGUGUUUCAUCAUCAAAGCUACGAAAUUUUAAAAGACCUCGAGCCAUAUAUGCGCGACUUGACAGGCUUAAUACAUGAUUCGCGACAACGAUACGUUGAAGAGUCAGUAGAGAGCCGCAACUAUCAAGACACUUGUGCACAGAAUGCUGCAUCGGAAUACAGUCCCAUGCAUGGUAUUUCGCCAGGUUCCCCUCUAGCACCCACCCAUCCACCAUCGUCGUCCUCAGUGUCAAAAUCAGGCUACCUAUUUGAACGAAGAGGGGGGCGUGUAUUGCAAAGUUGGGUCCGUAAAUACUUCAUCAUUGAGGGAGAAGAGUUGAAGUGCACUUACCGCGGUCCAAAGCAACCUAAAGACGACGAUCUUCCAACAUCAUAUAAUCUACGCGUGUGCAGUGUCAAACUUACGGAUGGUUACGAUCGCCGUUUUUGCUUUGAGGUCAUUUCUCCUUCACGUAUCCUUGUUCUGCAAGCCGAAAACGAUCAAGAUAUGCAUGAAUGGGUCAACCGUUUGAGGAUGGCGAACCAAAUGGCACUCAACUCUGACAAUGCGAUGCCUGAACCGGCAACAUCGGGCACGUCUGACUCCUCACCUAAAUCCAAGUUGAAAGAAUUCUCAUCAACAAACUCAGAAACGGACCAGCAACUUUUGAAAACAUUACGUGAAGAACCAGGAAACAAUUUAUGCGCAGACUGUGGAACAUCCGGUCCAGAAUGGGCCAGUACGAAUCUUGGUGUGAUUGUAUGCAUUGAGUGCUCAGGUAUCCAUCGAAGCCUUGGUGUUCACGUCAGCAAAGUACGAUCCCUUGCCCUUGAUAAGUGGGAGUCUGAAACGAUCGAGAUAAUGCUUCGACUCGGCAAUACGGUUGCAAACGAAAUAUUUCAAGAAAGGAUCCCGCAAGAUAUGGGGACUUUCCGCAUUCAUCAAGAUUCAACAAGACCGGAGCGAGAUUUGUGGAUUACAGAAAAAUAUGUGAAGCGAUCCUUUGUAGCACGGAAGACCGAAGACGAGGCGGUGCUCAAUCAGGAGUUCUGGGAUGCAAUUACAGAGUCGCGCCUUACGGAUGCUUUGCGUUAUCUUGCUCAAGGGGCCAAAGUAGAUUACAAAAAUCCAAACCAAGAAGGUCAAACGGCUCUACAUAAAGCAGUUGAACAAGGCGAUGAAAUUGCUGUAGAGUUUUUGUUACAAUGGUUCAGUGAUGUGAAUCAAUCCGAUGCGAAGGGUUGGUCCAGCCUUCACUAUGCUGCGGCGAACAAUAAUGUCCGGCUGGUGCUGGCGUUAUUAAAAAGAUAUGCAAAAGCCGAUGCAAGAGAUGAAUCUGGGAAGGCACCGCUAGAUCUUGCUGUCGACCGUCAAAACGUACAGGCUGUUACCGCGCUUCGUCUCUUUGCAUUUGAUAAGCAGCACAAUUCAUCACCGGCCAACUCACUUGACUUUGGAUUCCGGGAAGCCAUGUCUUCAUUCAAGCUGGAUAGAUCCAGUUAUGGUAGCUCGCAUUCUGCGUUAGAUUUGCGACAGACAACGUCCGAGUUUUCUCCGAAUGAGAAGGAUAUUGUACUUAACGACGACCAGAACCACAACUUACUUCAUCCCCCGGGAAGUGGAGCUGGUAGUGGCGAUGGCAGUAGUAGUGACAGCAACAUUUAAUUUGUAUCUCUUACGUGUACACCGAACGCCCACCCACAUACACACACACACACACCAUAUAAUAUCAUAUAUAUGUAGCGCAAUGUUUUAGAUAAAGGGUGAUGCGCAGUAAUAAUAGUAAUUAUUUAAAAGCAAUAUUGCUCUACGGAUAUCAUAGUUGU